CUGUGUGAUGUCGGUAUGAUGUUAUGUUUUAACUGAUUCCUGUGUGAUGUCGGUAUGAUGUUAUGUUUUAACCGAUUCCUGUGUGAUGUUGGUUAUGUUUUAACUGAUUCCUGUGUGGUGUUGGUUAUGUUUUAACUGAUUCCUGUGUGGUGUUGGUUAUGUUUUAACUGAUUCCUGUGUGAUGUUGGUUAUGUUUUAACUGAUUCCUGUGUGAUGUUGGUUAUGUUUUAACUGAUUCCUGUGUGAUGUUGGUAUGGUGCUGCAUAACAGAGAUGAUUGUGUCAAUUCUGAUUGAAAUCAGAUGUUUUGGAUCCACCACUGCUUCUCAAACUGGGAAGUGGAUCCAGAGCAUCUCAUUUUAAUAGCUUACAUUCAUCUACGCUUUAGUCAAUGUUAUAGGACUUCAUUAUACAGUAAAACACGGUUAUAGUGAACCUACAGGGCCAGAGAAAAACAGUUCAUUAUAACCAGACUUCAUUAUACAGUAAAACACAGUUAUAGUGAACCUCUAGGACCAGAGAAAAACAGUUCAUUAUAACCAAACUUCCAUUAUACAGCAGGAUUUGACACUAAGGCACGUCCAACCGACUGACUCAGUCGGUUGGACGUGCCUUAGUGUCAAACACAAAUACUAAAUGAUAGGUCCGGUCGGAUAAAAUGUCGAUUUACUUGUCCGACUGGUCGUGUUUAAAAAAGGAACAAAUUUAAGAAAUUUUACUUUAAAUCAUAAGAUAUUUUAUUCUUUAUAAACAAAUAACUGUAAUGAGUUUGCGAGCAAUUUUGAACCGCAUAAAAAUCUCUAUUUUGAGUUCUGAUAAGUCGCGGUCAGAAGUGAUGUUCUACGACAUCAACACAAUGUUAAUGUAUGUAAAGUUAUGUUUUGGAUAAUUAGAAUUAUUGAAUUUUCAGUAAACAAACAAAGCAGUUCAUUUGAAUUGAUUAUAAGAAAGUGUUUAUUAAAUUAAUGAAUUACGUCGUAAACAGCAAUUUUUCUGUGCUGGAAUGUCUAUAUUCAAAUACGAAUUCUCGUCCUCAAGGAAAGCAAAAGAUGUCCCAAGAAAGAGAAGAAAAAAACAAGAAGGAAAACGUUGGGAAGAAACAAAGCAAGGCUUAUGAAAUAGAAAUUUAAAAAAAGAUAUUGAGGUAAUUUUAUUCUAAAUGGAUUAAAGAAUUACCGUGCCGGUAAGAAUUCAAAGAAACUGAAAAUAUGUUUGAAAGUAAAAGCAUCAAAUUGAAUGACGAGACUAAAGGCUUUUUGAGACUAUUAAAUGCAUUUCAAUUCAAACUUAACGUUUGUCAUUUAAAUAAAGUAUUUAGGAAUGGAGAAUCUAUCAGAUUUUUUCUGGAAAGUUGGUCAGGGCUAGUGGAUGUAAGGUCAAGUCUUGCAAAAAUCAUUUGAAGUAGCCCGAUUGGUCUAGUGCUCCAAAAAGUUAACGUCAAACCCUGAAUACAGUAAAACACGGUUAUAGUGAACCUUCAUGGCCAGAGAAAAACAGUUCAUUAUAACCAGACUUGAUUAUACAGUAAAACAUGGUUAUAGUGAACCUCCAGGGCCAGCGAAAAACAAUUCAUUAUAACCCGACUUCAUUAUACAGUAAAACACAGUUAUAGUGAACCUACAGGGCCAGAGGAAUUUGUUAUAUCCAAUAACAUUUUCGUUGAUUUCAUCUCAUUGUGGAUCUUGAUAUCACUUAAUCACGUGAUAUGUAAGAAUUCACUAUAAGUGUGUUUGUUAUAAUUAUAAGCACGUCUAACUGUAAUACCUACAACCUAGAUUCUCUGUAGUAAGAUUGAUUGUAGAAGAGAUCAUGGCAGAAUGAGGAACACCCCCCCCCCCCCAUUGAAGUCAAAGCUGUAGAUGAUUGUCUAGUAUUACAGAUCAUAUCUUGAUCAAUUUCAAACAUAUGACGUAUUCCACAGGAGUUAAAGUCAAAAAUUUAUUUGAAGCAUGUGUAUAUAUUUUUGUUUUGGAAAAAAUAUUGUGCACACAUGCCAACCUUUCAAUAUUCAGCUUACACAUUUCAAAAAUUGACCAGUAGUUCAGUAGGUUACCAUGUCGACUAAUGAACCGAAGUGUAGAUCGCGGGUUAGAGUCCAGCAGGGGGUUUUAAAUUCUUUUUUCCACAGAUUCCUUUUUACUAAAAUUGCAAUUUUUGACUAAAAUAAGUAUAUUUGAAAGCAAUCUGAUUAAAAUACAGAUCUCUCAAAUAGCACACAGUUUUUGUAUUUUAAUCAGAUUGAUUUGGAAGUUUUCAAUUUCAAAAUAUUGCACAUAUCCUUCACUUUUGAUCGAUAUCAAAUUUCUUUUGUGUAGCAUCCUCCUUAAAUUCAAAAAAAAAAAAAAAAAAAAAAAAGGGGAGAGAAAUGAGGCUAUAUAAAUGUUUAUUUUUUCCCAAAUAUGUUUGUACCGAUGAACACAGGGUGCAUUCUGAAAUGUUUUAGUGCACAUGCAUUUUUAUCAAAGAUGGUAAGGAAAAAAUCGGAUGAUAAAUUAAAAAAAAAUAAAUACUUUCUUACAUAUUAAGUCAAAGUAAGUUAUGGCACAUUUAUCCCACACAAAUUAAAGUUUUAAAAAAAUAUCACAAAUUAUAAAAUUAAACGAAAAUUUUACAUGAAAAUAAAUUAUGAACCUACAAUUCUUUAUAAUGCAUUAAAUAAUUUUCAUUUAGUUCGGGAUCGAAAUCUCAAUUAUUCAGAACCCUCAAAACAAAACUGAGACUAUCUGAACCACGUGUGAUGAUGACAGCGGAUUAGAAUUGAUGAUGUUUGUGUUGUUAAUGGGUUAUCUUAAGUCAGGGUAAGAGGAACUCUCUAGAAAUAUGGAAAACCGUCAACUGGAGCUCAAAGAGGAUGUCAGAAGCUACUUAGCGGCGUCCUUUCAGGCUGAAUCGGAGGAUGAAGAGGAAUGUAACUCAUAUCUGUGUGGACUACUGGAAGUGAUGUCAUCCCCUCCGAUGUUCACCACGCUGCGACUGAACACCGCGACACGCAGCAGUCGGGAGGUAGAGGCAAUGAUUCGUGAAGAAAUCCAAAAGGUUUACAGCCUCAGGAAUUUAGAUCCUCCCCGAAUAUUCCUACAUCCCGUAUUGGACAACGUACUUAUUCUGGAAAACAGAGGACCGCAACAGAUCAGAAAGAUGGAGAAGGAAGUUAUCGUUGAUCAGAACUGUGGUAUGGCUGUACUGCGGGGGGCGGACAUCUUUGUUCAAGGAAUCCUGGGAGCACCUGCAAACAUGUUGUUGGGGGACACGGUAUCUGUGUACGCUGAUUUGGACGGGAAGUGUCUGCGGGGCAACAUGCAGCCCUGGAAAGGGUCCCGAUUCCACGUAGGAAAUGGCGUGGCUCAGAUGGACAGAGAUGUCGUGUUCAAAACCAAACCAGCCCCUAGUGGUGUUGGAAUUCUAAUGACAGAACCCCUGUAUGAGGCCCCGUGUCUCAGUGACCUUCGACCUGACUUGAUUAUGGCUCAGAAUCUCCCGUCAAUAAUGUGUAGCUAUGUCCUUGACCCACAGCCAGGGGAGAGAAUUCUAGAUAUGUGUGCGGCCCCUGGAGGGAAGACAACUCACAUAGCUAGCAAAAUGAAAAAUGAGGGAGAAGUGAUAGCCAUUGACCGUUCGGACAACAAAGUGGACAAAAUUAAGUCCAAUCUGGAGAAGUGGGGACUGACGUGCGUGUCCUGUUAUGCGUGCGAUGCUCUGAAGAUCUCCGUUGGACCAAUCGGUGGCAAUGUAAAUUUCCCAGAGAUCCCCGCGGAGUAUUUCGACCGUAUUCUGGUGGAUGUCCCCUGCAGUGCCCUGGGACAGAGGCCGUCCCUAAAGAAUAACAUCUCACUGAAUUCACUCCAGUCUUACGCCGGAUACCAGCGCAAGUUCAUUCGCAAGGCUGUCCAGCUUCUGAGACCGGGCGGGGUAUUGUUGUACAGCACAUGUACUGUGACACUGGAGGAAAACGAAAAACAAGUUGUCUGGAUCCAGGACAACCUGCCAGGACUGUCACUCACAGCUCAGUGCCCGGUCCUCGGAUCUGCUGGUAGGAAGUGUCGUGGAUUAACAGAUGAACAAAGACAGCUGAUACAGGUGUUUGACCCAUCACGUGACACUCCGUGUGACAAAAUGGCGGACUAUGAUAAAGACACAAUAGGAUUUUUCAUAGCAAAAUUCACAAAAAUAAAGAUAUGAUAAUUAUGA